AUGGGGGAUGAGGAGAAACAACACAGGGCUAUCACGGCCCGGAGGCAGCACCUGAAGAGCGUCAUGCUCCAGAUUGCGGCCACAGAGCUGGAGAAGGAGGAGAGCCGCCGUGAGGCAGAGAAGCAGGCGUACCUGAAUGAUCACUGCCCUCCCCUGUACCUCCCCGGCUCCAUGGCUGAAGUGCAGGAGCUCUGUAAGCAGCUUCACGCCAAGGUGGACGCCGCCGAGGAGGACAAGUACGACAUGGAGAUGAAGGUGCAGAAGAGCAGCAAGGAGCUGGAGGACAUGAACCAGAAGCUGUUCGACCUGAGGGGCAAGUUCAAGCGGCCGCCACUGCGGCGGGUCCGCAUGUCGGCCGACGCCAUGCUCAAGGCGCUGCUGGGCGCCAAGCACAAGGUGUGCAUGGACCUGAGGGCCAACCUGAAGCAGGUGAAGAAGGAGGACACAGAAAAGGAGCGGGACCUGCGUGACGUGGGUGACUGGCGGAAGAACAUUGAGGAGAAGUCGGGCAUGGAGGGCCGGAAGAAGAUGUUCGAGUCCGAGUCCUAGGCCGGCCGCCUGGCAGGGGCCACCCACAGAGCCUGGUCUGGCUGGGCCCCUCUCACUGGUCAAUAAAGGCUGCUCGUCCCCAGGACGGGUCUCGUCUGGUCUGGCACUGCCCUGAGUCACUGUCCCCAGGCCGCUGGCCACCUCCUGCAGUGUGCACUUAUCUACUGCCCACCUGGUGGGUUGGGCUGUCACCUCCUGGGUGCUACUUUCUGUGACGGUGUGAUCAGGGCUGCAGGAGAGUUGCAGGCCUGGGAUGUUGCAGGAAGGCCUGUAUGGCUGAUGGAGCCCACCCUGCUGCUGGCUGGCUCCAGGGAUGAGUCCUGGGCACUCAUGACACGUGUAGGGCCUGGGAGAGAGGCACCGGCCCUGUUCAGGGCUCCCGGGACACGCUGUGUCCGACUCCAGCCUCGAGGACGGUCAGUCCAGGAGGAG